UUAGCCACUUUUUACAACAAUACCCUAAAUCGAUAAUUUUUCACAGAACCAUAUCUACAGAGGCUUUAUUCUAAAUAGGGUUUGUGGCUAUAUGCUUGACGCCUCAUUGCAGAGUGAUAGAGAUUUUUUGUUAUGUGUCCAUUGGGGUUUUUUGGUUGCUUGCACUCAUGGCAGUUAAAUACAUUGUUACGUAAAUUAUUUUAAUAGGAACAUUUUUCCCUAUCUGUAUGUACUAGCCUGUUCUAUAAUCGCAUUGCUACUGGCUACAAUGUUUCCUGUCAGGGUGAUCAACUGAGAACAAAAUUUUAAAUUCGAAAAGACUUCAUGGGUAUGGAGAAGGAAAAGCUCCUUAACGAAACAAGGGACAAUGUAGCAGAGGAAACCACAGAUGAUGACCAACAUGAGACGCCUGAAGAGUACAAAUCAAGAUGGAGGACAAUCAGAAUCAUUUACUUAACUCAGGCACUUAUUGCAAUGGAAUUUGGAAUCAUUUUACCUUCAAUCUGGCCUUAUCUGCAAAAGGUUGACCAAGAAGUCAAUGCUCAGUUUCUGGGUUUGGUAGUUAGCGGUUACAGCAUUUUUCAGGUUAUUGGUUCCAUUUUGUUUGGUGCUUGGUGCAGGUACCGUCCAGCUAUCGAGCCAUUGUUGGCAAGCGCUUCUCUUCGCUUUAUUGGGAAUUUCUUGUACCUUUGUGCUGAAAACUAUCCUGGUUUUGCUGGGAAAAUGUUGAUUCUGUUGGCAAGGCUCAUUGUUGGUUUUUCAGCAGGAGAUAUAGCUGUUUGUCGCACUGUGGCAUCUCAGUCAACUGCAAAAGACGAGAAGAACAAUGCAUUGACAGUCCUGGUUGUAUUGGAAGAAUUUGGGCUACAUUAGGUCCAGCUUUGCAAGCUGUAGCCGUACCCCUGCUUGGCAAAGGACUACAUUAUUCGUUUGUGAAUAUUGACAUUUUCAACAUUGCUGGAUGGAUCGGACUAGUGACGACAGUUUUCAGAAUAUUCAUCACUCUUAUCUGGUUCAAAGAACACAACAUUGAUGUGAAAGACAGCACAGGCAAUAUCUCAUAUC